AUGACAAAUGAGGAGAUCGGAGCAGUGGUUCAGUACACGGACAGUGGCGGCGUCGCACCCUCCGCGGUCGGCAUGUGCUUGAAGCAGAAAGCCUACGAUGUCUGCCGCGGUGUGAUUGUGGACUGUGGUCGCGAUGGGGAGAGUCCUAACGGUGAUCUUGACACGUCAGAGGAGGAAUUCGACUCACUUGCUAAAAGAGCAACUCUCCUUGUCCCGCUUCCUCCGGUUUAUGCCGAAGCGGUGAACAAGCGCCGUGCCGCGUAUGAAACUUGGCAAAAAACCAUCCAACAACAAUCUGCGAAAACUCUGCGUGAGCGUAUUAACGCUACGCUUUCCCUGGCAAUCUUCUAUUUUGACCAAAACAGUUACAGAGCGGCAAUUGAUGAAUACAAGUCUCUCCUCACACUUUAUGAAGGUAGUGCAUCUGGCGAAAAAAUCCAGUUGGCUGUGACUCAUAGAUUCAUUGCUGAGUGUUAUUUGGAAUUGGGGGAUCAUAAUGAGGCUAUCCGACAUUCAGGUCUGUUCCUGAAAUUUUCGAAGGAGGCGAAUAAUCCAUUGGAGCAGCAGAGAGCCUACGUUACCAUUGGUAGAUGUUUCCAAUGCCGUGCGGAUAAGGCUUUUAAUGGUGAGUUUUAUAAUGUACAAUGCUGUGCGGACAAAGAAGCCAAGAUCCUUCGACGAAAUCUGGAGGAACUUUUGGCACAGCUAUAUGCUGGAAAGGGGGAGUAUAGGACUGCAGCUAAGGUUUACCGGCAACUCUCACGUGCGGAUCCUGAAUCGGGUCUAAAUUUUAAGCACCUCUGUGGAAAAUGCCUUAAAUUGGAAACUAUUACCACCAGAGCUCAGGUGAGCCCAUGUGACACAACUGAAGAAAUGCUCCAAAUCUCAAAGUACUACGAAAAACUUGGUGACGUCCUUUCCACGAUGGAUCUUCAUGGACCCGCCUACCGGUGCUACCAGCAAAUGACGCUGUGGGCUGAGGUAGCCUUCUCUAGUCAACGACAGGACGCAUGUGGUAGUGAUUAUACGCAACGACUAGCAGCACUAGCUAGGCAGGUGGAUUCCGGCCUUGUGUCGACGGCUGAAGCUUGCGCUAGCUUGAGCGCCUACGCCUUCUGUGCUCACUUCUAUCGUCAGGAGAUACUCUUCACCCUUAGUCUGACCGACUAUUCGCUACCAAAAACUCUUAGCCCCAGUGAUGAAGAGCUCGCCCAAAGUUGGCUGUCCGUCUCUAGGGCUCUCAUCCAAGCGCCGAAAAAUACGCCUCCUGAGUUUUCUCUCCCCGAUUGCGCCAAUUUACCUGGUUCAGAAACCCCUGAGAAGGCUCUUAAAAGUGCUUUAUCCAAAGCAAAAGCUUGUGGAAGCAUUAAUGUGAUGCGCGACUGUUUGGAUGAGCUGGUUGAGUACCACAAGAGUUGUGGACGAGAAGCUCAAGCUAAGGUCUACUUUGAUGAACUUAGUGCUUUGGCUAGCGACGGUGGGAGCCAAAUCUGUCGACCAUCCACAUCUUGUUCAAAUCGUUUCCGCGACCGGAUUAAAGAGAGCGAGUCUGACCCCGAUAUGGAUAUGGAUACUCAAAAUGAGUCACUUGACGAAGCCGUCGAAGUCCUCUCUUCCGACUCUGACGUUGAAAAGUGCGUAAAUGUUGCUGAUAGUGCUGCGGACUUGAUUGAAUCGCCGAGAAAGCGGCGUAGCAAGGCUCUCUGCCUGAAAACCAACCUUAAGGGUGAAUCUCCAUUGCAUGUUGCAGCGAUUAAUGGAAACCUUGAACACGUAGUCAAAUUAGUUGAGGUCAUGGCGCACCCAAUCAAUGUACGUGACAGCGCGGGAUGGCUCCCCAUUCACGAAGCCGCCUUUCAUGACCAUGCCGAUAUUGCCAUCUAUCUUUUGGAUAAGGGAGCCCGUCUGGACGAUACGGGCUGUCAGGAGGAUCUAUCAACGCCCCUUUUUGAGGCGAUUCAUGGAGAUGCUCUUAAGACGGCCAUCACUCUUGUUAACCGUGGUGCCAACUUGUGGCAUGUGUAUGCUUAUGCUCUGCCGAAGAAGCGUGCUUUUGGUGGAGUGGGAUCUCAGGAGAUCCUUUUUCAACAAUUAUUGGGUGCAGUGAAAGAGAAGUUGGGGGAUUCCUACGAGAAAUGGUGCUCUUAUCGACCUCCGAAAUCCGCCCCCAAGACCUCGGUUCGGACACCAGGAUCAGUCAUCAUCGUCGAUGAUGGAGAGGACGAAGUUGAUACUACAAAAAUGGGUGUCGAAUCUCCACUAGUGGUUAAAAUGAAGAAGAAAUCAGCCUCCUCGCGCCGUCAAGUGAUCAGUUCAGACUCUGAUGAGAAAGAGGAAAAGGUGAAGGAGAAUAGGAGUGAGAAGAAGAGGGAAUCAUGGUGCGGCAGGUCGAAGUCUUUUCAACGUAACUGUCGCCCCGAUUCUUCAUCAAAAAGAGCAUUUGACAAGUUAAAUUAUAAUUCGCCUGCCGUUAUCGACUAUCGCAAUGCUAUGAAGGCGGUUGGCAGUUCUGCUGCUCGGAAGCCUGGGAUACAUUGCCUUUUUUUCAUUUAUGCCAAAAGACGUCCUACGACUAGCGGUGGUGUUGCAAGUAGGAAGCUAUUGAGUACUUCCCCUGACUCCGGUGAUAGCUGGCUCGAGGAUGAUGGGCAAGGAGCAAAACGGAAGGAGAAAAAAAAGAAGAAAAUUGAUCUUUCUUCGCCUGUGCCCUUCCACGAACCUCCACCGCGGUACAGAAAUUCAUCUACCAGCUUUGAGUGUCCUUCAGCCUCCCGUCCUUUUGAGCCAAUGGAAUUUGAUCCUAGUGAGGCAUUUUCUUCUACUCAAGUCGAGUCAUGCAUGCCUUCCCAAGCACCGCCAACUGUGGUCUCUUCCCUCUCUCCAGCACAAAUACCGCCAGCAUCUCCUGCUCCACCCUCUCUACAAAAGGAGCUCUCUCAACCAUCCCAGACGGCAGGUGUGGUCUGGUGUACUGUGAAGGUUACGUUUUCGGAUAUCUCUCUUCUGUUACCUAUCGACUCACAAAUUAAGGACAAGGUUAUGACCGCGGAUGUCUCGUUUGAACUGUAUCGAUGCAGUGUUUCGUUUUCAUACCUUAACGCACAGUGUAAUGGCGAUAAUACUUAUUACUUCUCAGCACACUACCAUGGUAUUUUUCCUACACCGUUUCCGCUCAGAUCUCGCACUGUAAAGUGGCUCGCAGACGAGGCAUAUCGUCGCCACCAGCUACUUCUUGAUCAGGAGGCCUCUGCACCUGGCACUGGCCAUAUCCGCAUUCGCACAUCUGACGGAGCUCUCCUUUUACCAACCGAUCUUCUUUGUACGGUUCUUCCCUCUGCUGCCAGUCCUCACACCACAAUUCCAGAGUUGAUGGCGGAUAUUGUCCAACCCACUAAACUCCCUCAAGCGCUCCCUCGAGUUUCCUCCUUAGAUGAGCCAACUCGUGUUGCAACCGGAUUAUUGCAGAGUUCGAGUCACCUCCCUUCCUCCCCGCUGCAUCAAUCCGUAAUGGCUGCUGUGGAUACGGGAUGCUUGGACCUUUCUUUCCAGGCACUUGGAGCACGCGGAUGUGCAGAUGCUCUAUUAGAGUACGUAAAAGCGAGGCCUAAGUCUCGACCUCUUAGGAAACUCCGUCUCGAUGUUACAUCGUUUUCUAAUGUAGUUCGUCAUUAUUUCUUCUUUUGUACGUCAUCUGACCUUGAAUCCAAACGGGUACUUUUAUUGAAGUUAGGUGCGUCAUCCGGCUCGACGUUCGCUCACCUCACUGAAUUGGACAUGAGCCUGAAUCCGCUCUCAUCGCGGCUGAUCUCCACAGACGAAGACUUUCUUCUUGACUUGCUUACACCCCCAGAGAAGAAAAAUCGACCCAACCUUUCGUCUCUUCGUGUUUUACGUCUCCGAGGAGGACUAGCAUCAUGCACAGAGGAAUGCGCAACUGCUGAACUCUUUCUGGGAGGCGAUGUAUUAUCAAAAGGGUGUUGGAUGCUCUGCGAGAGUACUUCAAAAGGUGCCGACUCAAGGCCAUCAGGAGAUGCGUUUAUUGCUUGUCUUGCGCGCUUUCUUGAUUCGGGCAAUUGUAAGAUUCAGGCACUGGAUGUCGGACAGUGCAACUUGACGGAGGGGUGUCUUAUGAACUUUCAGAGAUUUCUUGUCACCUUUGGAUGGCGCGUGAUAUUGACUGAUGGUCAUUUCCCUGUGUUUAGGUUGCUGGCAGCGCCGAGUACAACACUUACUUCGCUGCUAUGUGAUGGGAACUCGUGUUUGCAAGAGCCUGCUGUGUGGGCCGAUCUGCUGUCAACCACCGCACAGGCCACCUCUGCAACGGUUUCCCUCUCGAUCGACAUCCCUUUGUUCGAAACAGAUGCCGACUUGGUGCUCGCGACGGAGGCAGUUUCUCGCAAGAUGUCACCGAUCACUUGUGCGACCCCGCUGCAAGAAUUUGCCCUCAUCAGUCCAACUGCUCUCCCUUGGCUGGAGGAUCGCCUUCCUAUAGGGAAGAAGGUUGCCCUCUCCCCUGCUGUGAUGGCUGCCCUGAAACAGCUUGACUCCAAUGACAACUCCCACUCUGCCCGCCUCCUGUCCCACGUCGCAGUGUGUUUCGCGAACCGCUUUCGCGAACAGGCCAAUGUCUACUACCGACCACACCGCACUGUCUUUUCCAUCAGAUGA